AACAACAUCUCUCCACGCCAGAGUUAGCUCCUCUACACGAGGCCGAACAGUGUCACCAUGGCACCGCCGAAUAACCAGAAGCGUGUAAAAGGCACGCAGGUGUACCGGCCAUUCGUCUACGGCACAAUAGCGAGGUUGUUCAACGAUGAGACGAAUCCCAAGCCACCUGGAACGCCCGCCGACCACACACACUCAUGGACGGUAUUCGUGAAGGGAGUCGACGAUGCAGAUAUCACAUACUGGUGCAAGAAAGUGCAAUUCAAACUGCACGAGUCCAUUCCCAACCCGCUUCGAAUGAUCGACGACGUCCCUCCCGGCGGAGCCUUCGAAGUCCACGAAACAGGCUGGGGCGAAUUCGAAAUAACAAUCAAGCUCUACUAUGUCCCCGAAUCUCUCGAGAAACCACAAACCCUAUACCAUCACCUACGACUACAUCCAUACGGCGAGACGGAAGAAGAGAAGGAGAAGAUGAAGCAGAGGGGCGAGGUCCCGGCUGUUGUGUACGAGGAGCAGUUGUUUAAUGAGCCGUAUGAGAAUUUCUUCGAGAUUUUGACGAGUCCCGCGCCGCCUGGGAAGGGUGGGAAGACGAAGGUCCUGAAGGGAGGGAUGGUUUCGAGUGUGGGGGAGAGGACGGCGUUGAUUCCGUUGACGAAUAGGCCGGGAUCGGAAUUCAGCUUGGAGACGGAAAACUUGCUCCUUGUCGAAAUCAGAAGGGCUGCCGCUGAUGUUAUGAAAAUGAUUGAGGAAACGAAGGAGGACGUGGUGAAGAAGGAAGCAGAGCUAGCCGCCCUCAGGGGCCCGAUUCAAACUUGAAAUCGCCGCUCUAAAGAUUUGAGGACUGUGAGAACUUGUCAUUGGCCAUCGAUUGCGACGUCGACUCUGUCGGCUACUGUAGUGGAAAUUCAUGUCACAACACGAAAACAGUCGUGGUUGAUCACUGGGUGCCACAUGAAUUGAUGGCCAUCCAAAAGUUCUCGGUGGGAAUGCAGGGCUCUAUGGUGAUAGUGUCUGUGAGGAAAGGGACUCGGGCUUGCCCCAA